AUGAUCCGCCAGUGCUCUCGGCCGGUUUCCACAGCCGGCUCGGCCAUCUCAGCUACGGCCCGCUGGGGCUCCCCCAGUCGCCUCUUCAGUGCGCGAGCCGCCCUGCAACAAGAAAUCCGCGACGCAUACAUCCUCAGCGCCUCUAGGACACCGACAGCCAAGUUCAAUGGAUCCUUCGCCACCAUCCCCGCACCGAAACUCGCCGCCGCCGCCAUCAAGUCCGCGCUCGAAAAGUCCAAAGUGCCCGUCUCCAAGAUCAGUGAUGUGUAUAUGGGCAACGUGCUACAGGGUUCUGUCGGCCAGGCGCCCGCGCGGCAGGCCGCCAUCUUCGCUGGCCUCCCCUCCUCUGUCGAGGCGACGACGAUCAACAAGGUGUGCGCCUCGGGGCUGAAGUCGGUCGUCCUGGCGGCGCAAAACAUCCAGCUCGGCUUGGCCGACGCCCAGAUCGCCGGCGGCAUGGAGAACAUGUCGCGGGUGCCUUACUACCUGCCCCGAAGCAGUGGCCUGCCUGCCUUUGGCAACGUGCAGCUUGAGGACGGCCUGAUCAAGGACGGGCUGACCGACGUCUAUGACCAAUUUCACAUGGGCAACUGCGCCGAGAAGACGGCCAAGAAGUACGGCAUCACGCGGGAGAUGCAGGACGAGUAUGCGAUCCGGUCCUACGAGCGGGCGCAGGCCGCCUGGAAAUCCAACGCCUUUGCCGACGAGAUUGUGCCCGUCACGGUGUCGUCGAGGAAAGGCGACAAGGUCGUUGACACAGACGAGGGUUAUCUAGACGUCAAGCUCGACAAGGUGCCGACCCUGAAGCCCGCCUUUGUCCGGGACGGCACGGGGACCGUCACGGCCGCCAACUCGUCGACGCUCAAUGACGGAGCCAGCGCUCUGGUGCUCGGCAGCAAGGCCAUCGCGCAGGAGUUCGGGUCCGGCUCCCGAGUGUUGGCAAGAAUCUGCGGCUCGGCCGACGCCGCCAUCGACCCGGUCGACUUCCCUGUGGCCCCGUCCGAGGCGGUGCCGAUCGCCCUGAAGCGCGCGGGCAUCACCAAGGACCAGGUGGCCGUGUGGGAGUUCAACGAGGCUUUUGCCGCCGUGAUCAAGGCGAACGAGAAGAUCCUUGGUCUGGAGAAUGCGCGCGUGAACCCCCUGGGAGGUGCCAUCUCCCUCGGUCACGCUCUCGGCAGCUCUGGGUCGCGCAUUCUCGUGACGCUCCUGCACCAGCUCAAGCCCGGCGAGUACGGCGUGGCAGCCAUUUGCAACGGAGGGGGCGCGGCGACGGCCAUGGUGGUGCAGAGGAUCGAGUCGGUAUAA